AUGGGCAAACAGAACAGCAAACUGCGACCUGACGUGAUGCAGGACCUGAUGGAGAACACGGACUUCACGGAGCACGAGAUCACCGAGUGGUACAAGGGCUUCCUGCGGGACUGUCCCAGCGGCUCCCUCACGCUGGAGGAGUUCAAGAAGAUCUACGCCAACUUCUUCCCCUACGGCGACGCGUCCAAGUUCGCCGAGCACGUGUUCCGCACCUUUGACGCCAACGGAGACGGGACCAUCGACUUCAGGGAGUUCAUCAUCGCUCUGAGCGUCACGUCCCGCGGCCGACUCGACCAGAAACUCAAAUGGGCUUUCAGCAUGUACGACCUGGACGGGAACGGCUACAUCAGCAAGGCCGAGAUGCUGGAGAUAGUAACUGCAAUCUACAAAAUGGUGUCUUCUGUGAUGAAAAUGCCCGAGGACGAGUCCACACCAGAGAAACGCACAGACAAGAUCUUCAGACAGAUGGACACAAAUAGAGACGGUAAAUUGUCGCUGGAGGAGUUCGUUGAAGGCGCCAAGAACGACCCGUCCAUCGUGCGGCUGCUGCAGUGCGACCCGAGCAGCGCGGGACAGUAG